GUUUUUUCUUUUAAUUAAAACACCGAGUUGUGCUUUUCAUUCUCUCUCUCUCUUUUUUUUUUUUUUUUUUUUCUCCUUGUUUAAAUUAAAUAAAUAAAAAAAAUGACAGAACAAGACCCAAACACCGUAACAGCUCUAGAUUACAUUGAAAAACAAGAACAACUCGAAAAAGAAGCACAGUCGAUCCUCCCGGGCAAAUUUGAAAAGUGUACGUUUCCUUUAGGUUAUGUACGUCAAUCGCUGUAUGCUUGUAAAACAUGUUCGUCCGAAUCAGAAGAACCCGCCGGCAUGUGUUAUAGUUGUUCCAUUGCGUGUCAUGCCAGUCAUGAAUUGUUCGAAUUGUUCCCUAAACGCGCUUUCCGUUGUGAUUGUGGCAUCAAGGAUAAAUUUGCUGGUCACCAUUGUUCUUUGACGAUUCCUGCCAAAAAAAUCAUUCAGGCCAAUGACAAGAACACCUACAAUCAUAAUUUUCAAGGUCGCUAUUGCAGAUGUGAUCAGCAUUAUGAUCCCGAGAAAGAGGAAGGAACAAUGUAUCAAUGUAUUGCCUGUGAAGAUUGGUUUCAUGAAACAUGUAUUGGCGAUAUUCCCGACGCUAUUGAUGAUUUUGAAUGUUACGUAUGCAGAGACUGCACAAAAAAGUAUCCGUUUUUAAUGAACGGCAAAGACGAGCGAUUCAGUCUCGGAUUAUCAAAGAAUAAAGAUCCUAUUUCAAAAUGGAUUCUACCCCCAAGCCAAAUCUCAGCUAUCGAUGUCGUCUCUGUGGAGACCAAGCCAGAAACUGCUGUGAAAGAAGACAGUACAACAUGUCCUGAUCAGAAGGCGGAUCCAACAUCAGCUGCACCAGUACCCACAAUAAAUCUGGAGGGAUCAUCCGAAACUCUGGUAAAAGAGGAACCGGAGCCUGUGUCAACAGAUGUAAACAACCACGAUGGAUCAUCCGGCAUUCUCUCAACAAAAGAAAUUAAAAUAGAAACUGUGCCGACAGAAAUAACUAGCCAUGAAAAUGGUUCAACAGAAACUUCUGGUAUUGGUGAAAAGAGGAAACAUGAAGAUAUUAUUCCAAAUACAUUUAAAAGAGCAAAAACAGAAGCAGGAUGUGAAAAUGUCGACAUAUCCUUACUGCCAGAACACGACAAUAUUGAGAUCUUUUUACAGGAAGGUUGGCGUGAAGGAUUAUGUAAAUGUACAAAGUGUAUGGCGGAUUACAAAACACAUCAUGUUGAGUACCUACUGGCGGAAGAAAAGACGUUUGAGCCUGAAGAAGAUGAGGAUGCCGGAAAAUCCUUAUUGGAAGUGGGCAUGGAACAACUUCAACGCGUGGAUCGAGUUCAGGCUUUAGAAAGUUUGAUGGCCUACAAGUCUUUAGCGGACGACAUCAAAACCUAUCUCGAAGCUUUCAAGGAUUCGGGAAAGGUCGUGACAAAGCAAGAUAUUGAUGCCUUCUUUGAUGCAAAGAGACGUGAGCGACAGGAGAGGGAGUAAAUAAACAAUAUGCACCACGAUUUUUUGCAUUACUGUUAAAAAAUGUAAAACCAGAUUUUUUUUUUUUUUUUUUUGAUAAAGGCUAUUACAUCUGUGCUUCAAAUCCUUGUAAUAUAGCUACAGGCAUAACCGUAUAAAGAAGAGCCC